CGCCAUCUUGUUGUUGAUUCGAGCGGCGGGGAGCGGCGGCGCUGGGGCUCCGCGUCCCGCUGUCCCGGAGUCCCGGCCGGGCGGGCAGCGCCGGCCCCGGAGCUGCACGCAGGAAGGAGCUCGGGGACCGCGGCGGUAACAUGAAACCAACAUGGUUCACCUGGCUUAACUUGGUGUUCAGAGCUUCCAAAGCCGGAUUCCACGAUUGGCCUUUGCUAAUGAAGCGCUGAAUGGUGCUGGAACAGUGUGGGCUUGGGCUGACUUGCUUCUGGGGUCCUGCUCCCUCUUGAUUGUGAGAGAUCGGGUCCGUAUUCCAGUGACUGCUCAGCCGAAAGAGCUUGGGUGAAAUCUCUAAGAUCACUGCAAGAAAGCAAAGUGCCAGGAUUUUCCCCCUGUGGCUGCCUGACUGCUGCUGAGCUACCCCUCCCAGCCCAUGUGGCUCUCCCCAUGCUCCAAGAGUGCAACUGGUGCUCAACGCAAUGUGUGUUUGUCAAACCAUGGAAGUGGGCAAGUAUGGCAAGAAUGCCACUCGAUCUGGAGACCGGGGGGUCCUGCUGGAGCCUUUCAUCCACCAGGUGGGCGGCCACAGCAGCAUGAUGCGCUACGACGACCACACCGUCUGCAAGCCCCUCAUCACCAGAGAGCAGCGCUUCUACGAGUCUCUGCCCCCAGAAAUGAAGGAGUUCACACCCGAGUACAAAGGUGUGGUAUCUGUCUGUUUUGAGGGAGACAGCGAUGGCUACAUUAACCUGGUGGCCUAUCCCUACGUGGAGAACGAGGCUCUGGAGCAGGAUGAUAUGCCAGAGAGGGACCAGCCCCGGCGCAAGCACUCGCGCCGGAGCCUUCACAGGUCAAGCAGCGGCACCGAGCACAAGGAGGAGAAGCCUGGCCUGGCCAGUGACAGCACUGAAAGCAGCAUCCAGGAAUCGAAGAGUCCCAGGGUGGACUUGCACAUCCACUCAGAUGUUCCAUUUCAGAUGUUGGAUGGGAACAGUGGUCUGAGCUCCGAGAAGAUCAGCUAUAACCCCUGGAGCCUGCGCUGCCACAAGCAGCAACUGAGCCGCAUGAGGUCAGAGUCCAAGGACCGAAAGCUGUACAAGUUCCUCUUGCUGGAGAACGUGGUGCAUCAUUUCAAGCUUCCCUGCGUGCUUGAUCUGAAGAUGGGGACCAGACAGCACGGAGAUGAUGCGUCUGAGGAGAAGGCUGCUCGGCAGAUGAAGAAAUGUGAACAGAGCACUUCUGCCACCUUGGGCGUGCGUGUGUGUGGGAUGCAGGUCUAUCAGCUGGACACAGGGCAUUACUUAUGCAGGAAUAAGUACUAUGGACGCGGUCUUUCCAUCGAAGGCUUCCGCAAUGCCCUCUACCAGUAUCUCCACAACGGCAUCGAGCUGCGCAAGGACCUCUUUGAGCCUGUCCUUGCCAAGCUGCGGAGCCUGAAGGCGGUUUUGGAGAGACAGGCCUCCUACCGCUUCUACUCCAGCUCCCUCCUCAUCAUUUACGACGGGAAGGACAGCCGGGCGGGGACGUUCGUGGAGCGCCGGCCGGAGAUGCGCCUGAAGCGGGUGGACGGCUCUGUCCCCGAGAGCCUCCAGGACGGCGGCAGCACCGAGCCUGGCUCCUCGGCACAGCCCAAGGUGGACGUGCGGAUGAUUGACUUUGCACACAGCACCUUCAAAGGCUUUCGCGACGACCCCACUGUGCACGACGGGCCCGACAUGGGCUAUGUGUUCGGGCUGGAAAGCCUCAUCAACAUCAUGGAACAGAUGCGUGAGGAAAACCAGUAGCUCUGGGCUAUGGCCUCUUAUUCUUGUCCUGGUGGCAGGAGGAGACAAGACCACUUACUACCACAGGAAAAACACAACUUUGGUUUUAAACAACUGUAUCGCUCUGUUGUUUUUAAAUGUACUUGGAUAGGAGAGCCGAGGGAGGCAGGAUGGAAGAGCUCCUCGUGCUGACCAGACGGUUCCGGCCGUGCUAGCUCUGCCUUCUGGAGGAGGCUCUGUAGAUGCCUGCUGGGUGUCGGGUGUCCUGGUUCUUCGCUCUUUGCGUGUGCAUUUUGGAGGGAGGACCUGGAUAUAGGGAUGAGAAAGCAGGGCUGGAGCUCUGGCGUGAGGAGCCUCCUGCCUUGGGAGCUCUCGGGAGAGCCUUCCCUUCAAAAUUCUCCGGAGCUGUUUGGAAAGGAUGCUCCACUAACGGUUGGCAGCGUCCCUGUGGCCGCCAGUGAGCAGCUCAGGUGCUGGUCCCUGUGUUGGGUGUUGCUGGCUCUGCCCUGGGUUUUGCUGACGGGGCUUUGCUUUUGAUGCUGCCUUUUUCUGCUGUUUGGGCACUGUGAGUAGCCACCCCAGACACGGAAAUGAAAUGACCAAAUGCAACCCCUGGCAGAGCUGCGGCUGGGAGGGAACACCUGGAGCUGUGCUCGAGCCCGGGGCCUGCUCCCUCUCUAAUCAUGACACAGGCAGGCACGGGGCUCUGAGGGAGUGACUCUGCCCUGGAUCACUGACCAAGCAAGCACUCAGCUCGUGAGCUAGCAAUAGUAUCUGUAGCAGUUAAGAUGACCCCAGCUGUGCAGCGGGGCGUUUCGGACCAUUUCAACCCUUCCCCUCCUAUAAUGUUUGUCCCACAGGCCGUACUGAGUCUGUCCCUCCAGCACAAAGCUGCCUUCUGCUCCCAGGCCCUGCCCUCCCCCCGGGCCUGGGGGUGGGUGGUGGAAGGGAAGGCUGAGGGUUAGGGCUGACCCCCUUCUCCUCCCUGAGGAUCUCCGGGGGCCAGGUGAGGGGGGACCUGGCUGAGCGGCGAGUGCCACUGCCUGCCUGUUUAGCUUUGCUUCACGGAGUCAGUCUGUCCCAAAAUAAAUGUCCCUUGGCCUCCCUUGAGGCAUUAACAUUUGAUACUGUGGCCUGGUGGUACCAGACUGGACCCUGCUCCACAUCACCCCCUGUUUCUGUGUUGGGGCCCCUGGAUGCUCCCUCCUGCUCUCACUGACUUGUUCCAUGGCGUUACCAUUACCCUGGCUCCUUGCCAGGCCAGGGUCGGGUUUGGGUUGUUUUUUUUAAUUCCUUCAGGAAAGCUUGUUUGGGAAUACUCGCAUGUCGCAUGUGUGCCGACUCCAUGUGCGCGCAGGUCUCUCGGAAAGCACAGGUUCUCGGCCAGCUGCAGGCACAGGUCUGUGCCACUGGGGGGGAAGGGGACAGGGGCUGGGCCAGCUCUCUCUGCCUGUUCACUUGUCCAAGCCAUCGCUCCCCUCCCGCCCUCGGGACAAGGACCUCUAUCCCUGGCACACUGCCCUGUGCUGGGUUACUUCAUCGCUCCUGUGGGUCGCUGCCUUGCCAGGACUCACAGGAUUUUUCAGGGAGCAGGUUUGCAGGAGGUUCCGGGGUCGGGUGAGGGGCUAAGUGUAGCCAGCAGGUGCCCCAGGUGCCCCCAACAGCCCUGUUACCCCCCUGGCCCUGCCCCAGCGUGGCCUAUCGCUGCCCCCCUCUGCAUGUCCUUGUCCCCUGCGGGCUGUGCUCGGGCAGGCCAGGCCCCACCUCCUGGGGAGCCCCUUGGUGUCCCCUCGUGCCCACUCCCGCCGUUCCCACCUCACCGGCCGUGACAGACCUGCCACACUGCUGGUGCUCCGCGGGAGCCGCUUCCCCCCCACUUCGGACCACCGCGGUGGGACUCCACAGCUUGUACAUAGCCUUGGCCCCAUUUGUUUUUACAUGAAUAACCACCCUGUUUGUGCUUCACCAGAGAACCAAAAACCAUUAAAGGAACUGUUUUUGUCC